AUGGCCGCCAUCGAGCGACCUAUGAAGGGUUUACUCAUGAGUUCCGUGAGCAGCAAGUGUGACAAAACGGGAACAAAUUGCCACCUCUGCCCCCAAGGAUGCUCCAGGCGCAUUCGCAGACAGGUUCCCGAGGUUCCAUUGUGUUUCUGUUAUGGUCACAGCAGCCAGUGUUCUCCUCAGUCGACGUACAGUGUCCACACCAUCUCGUCGACCUUUGACCAUGGUACUGACGGAUGGAAGGCAGCGACUUCUCACGGCCUCACCCCGACAGAUGUCCACUCCCGCUGGUCCCCGAAGUACAAUGAUAUGGAAGUGAUCUCCAGAAACAGUCUGCCGGUUUACCUGUACGCACCAGCUUCUUACCUGGGCAACCAGUUGCUGAGUUACGGUCAAAAUUUGUCCUUCUCGCUGCGUCUGGACCGGGGCAUACGACACCCGUCCGUCAGCGAUGUCAUUCUGGAAGGUUCCGGUCAUCGGGUCUCGGCCUCGCUGGGCGACUUGCGCUCUAUCGUUCCCUGUGGACAGAAGCUCAACUACACUUUCAGGCUGGAUGAACAACCAGGCAGCAAAUGGCGCCCUAAGCUCACCCCAUUCCAGUUCCAGACGCUCCUCCAAAACCUGAGCGCCAUCAAGAUACGAGCCACCUUCGGAGACAGAGGCCGGGGUUACCUCGACAACGUCAAACUGGUGUCGGCGCAGCGUGGAGACGGCACCCCGGCCCACUGGGUGCGGACCUGUGUUUGUCCACAAGGAUACCAGGGAGACUUCUGCCAGCAAUGUUCAGCGGGUUUCAAAAGACGAAGGGUGGCCGACAGAGCGUUCAGCCCGUGUGAACCCUGCGCCUGCAGGGGUGGGGACUGCGACCCGCAAACAGGCGAUUGCUAUCCCGCGGAUGAGACACAGACGUGUUCAGAUGGGUUCUACUGGGACUUUUGGAGCCGAGCCUGUGCAAAGUGUCCCUGCCCUGAAGGAGUGUCCUGCUCACUCGUUCCUGGGUCGGCGCAACCGCAGUGUCACAUCUGUCCUCCCGGAACCACAGGUCUUCGCUGCGACGAGUGUCAAGAAGGUUUUCACGGUUCUCCCGGAGGCGGUGCUGGAGGGUGGCGGCCAUGCCAACCUUGCCAGUGUAAUGGCCACAUUGACGUCCGAGUGGCGGGUAGCUGUGAUCGAAUUAGCGGCGAAUGUCUGAAGUGUGUCAACAACACAAUGGGUCGCCGCUGUGAAGUAUGCUUGCCCAACUUUUAUCACCGCAGCCAGGAAGACGCCUGCAGACCGUGCGACUGCGACCGUCAGGGCUCUGAAUUCGCGCAGUGUGACGACGCCGGUCGUUGCCGCUGCAGACCGGGCUUCGAGGGUCCAAAGUGUCAGACGUCCCGAGAGUGUCCCGCUUGUUUCAACGCGGCCAAAGUCAAGGUGGAGGAGUUAGCUUUCAAACUUCAGCAGAUGGAAGCACAGAACUCCCAGCUUGGGGGUGGAGUCAAUAGUGGCAACAACGCGAACAUUGAGGCUGUGAUGAGUGCGGCCGAGGCGCUGGUGGAAGAUCUGGAGGACGACAUGAAGAAGCUGGCAGACCUAGAGAAGCGGGUACAGGACAGUCUCGCGUCCAUCAGCCGUACUCGACUGUCCGAAGAACAGGAUGUCCAGAACGUAGCCGAUGCGACCGGUGACAUCAAACGACGGCAGGAGACCUACCUGAACAAAGCAGAUCAGCUGCAGGAUUUGAUCGCGGACAUGAAAGUGAAACUGGACGAGGCCAAGACAGGUCUCCGAUCAGCUGAAUUUCCGGCAGGAGAUGCACCUUCCGGUCCUAAUCUUCUAUCCUCGUUGGCUCAGGCAGCAACAAGCUUGGCUGAUAAACAUAAGACAAAGGCGACGGCAGUGGAACGAAGUGCCAAUGAGGCUCUAGGCGACUCUGAGAAAAGUCUGGAACUGGUCCGGAAUCUGCUCAACAAGGGGAAAGAUGUCAAAGAUCUGAUCGGAGGGGUAAAAACCACAUACGAUGGAAUGGCAGCGCGUGUCAAGGGUUUGGAAAACCAGGCGCCCCGCGUGAGCGAAGAGGCCACGGAAGAGAGCAACAAGGCUAAUGACAUGCUGGAAGAAAUUAACAGGAUGGCCAAAGAGAUUCCGCCCGCUCUGACGAAGCAAACGGAUGCCAUGGGGGCCAAGCUGGACCUCCUGAGGAAAGCGGCGGACGAGAACGCAGCGGGCCUCACUGCGUUGCAGGAUGACAUUAGGCAGGAUACAGGAGACGCUCGGGACCUGCUGAAUCAAGGCAGGAAUGCCAUGAAGGACCUAGACACUCUGACGGGCCGAGUGGACGCCGCCCACGCCAACACCAAAGAGGCGCUGCAACGAAUCAACACCAAUACCAACAAGUUGGACAGCGCUCUCGGCACUCUGCGAGGCUUCGACCAACAGAUUGCGAGUAACAAAGCGCAGGCGGAUGCCGCUAUCAAGCGACUUCCCGCUAUCAACGCGACCGUUCAGCGAGCCGCCAAGAACAACGCGGACACGCAGGCGUUGCUGGACGCCGUGUCCGCCGACUCCAACGGGGCAAUGACGUCCAUCGACCAGCUGAAGAACCAGAUCCCUGGUUUGGAGCGAUCACUCGGGUCCAUUCCGCCUCUGGGAAAUGAAGUCACCAAAAUGAACGACGCCGCAAAGGAGCUCCUGGCACAGGCGGGCGACGUCGGCGCAGAUGUUUUAGGAGAAGUCGUGGACGCCAAGAAUCUUAAAGCGGAAGGUUUGCAGGCUGAAGAUGCGGCGAACGAGGCUCUUCGGAACGCUCAACGGGCCAGAGACACCGUGGGAAAGAUGCUGCAAGACAUUAACAGCAGGAUAGCUAACAUUGGCCAACCGGGCACAUUUGACCCGCGCCGCAUUCAGGAGCUGGAGGACUCGGUGGCGAAGGCCCGCGGGGACGUGGAGACGCUUCUGAAGCCUCGCCUCAGGGACGCAGCGGAACGUGAGGCGGCGCAGCGCCAGCAGCUGGCCAACCUGGACCGUGACAUUGACGCCAUUGUGGGGGAUGUCGCAAACCUAGAGGACAUCUUGAAGACGGUACCUGACGGAUGCUUCAACAGCCCACCCAUCGAGAAGGCCUGA